UCUAGGAACUGGGUUUUUGUGUUCCCUUUUUGGAGAAAAUUGGAGGAAGCUUACGCCUGUGGAUGCCGAGUGUUAAAGAACAAGACAAAUGGCCUGAGCUGAGAGACAGGCAUCCCCAACCCUGUGAGUGAAAAUGGCUGCAGAGCAGGGGCCAGAAAUCCCAGCAGCCUCUCUGGGUCUCCAGCUCCAGUGGGUGGCAGAGGCCAGUGCGAAGCCAGGAAUUAAAACGGAGCAGGCGGAAUUGGCAAGGCUGGCACCAGAGAUGGAACCGGAAGAGGCAGGAGGCUCCUCUCCUGCCCUCCAGAAUGGGACGGAGGGGCCUGGUCUGAGCUGGACGGAACCACGAUGUAUCAAAGAGGAGCCGGAAGAGGAGCUAUCAUCCCGGCAAUGGGAAGCCCAGUGGCAGGAGUUCCUCCGGACUGUGCAGGCCCCGCACUCUGGGGGAGAAGGAAGCCCACAGCUCCCAGGGGAUGGGGCAUGGGGCGAGACGAAGCCUUCUGGGUCCUCCUUCGAGGGCGCAGCCGUUCCCAGCCAGUGGGCUGGAGCAGUAGAGAGCAGGACCAGUCUUCCUCCAGGAUCAGCCCAGCCAGCCACUUCCACACCAGACGCUGCCAGCCGAGGAAACAUGGGGCAAGCGAAGGACAUCAAGAUGGAGGAGGUCACCAGCUCAGAGGCCCAUCGCCAGCUCUUUAGGCAGCAAUGCUACCGGGACGCCCAGGGCCCUCGCGAGGUCUACAGCCUCCUGAGGGAGCUUUGCCAUCAGUGGCUGAGGCCAGAGAAGCACACCAAGGAGCAGAUCGUGGACCUGUUGAUCCUGGAGCAGUUCUUGGCUGUCCUGCCCUCGGAAAUGGGGAGCUGGGUGAAGGAACGAGGCUCGGAGAGCUGCGUCCAGGCUGUGGCCCUGGCAGAGGAAUUCCUCCUGAGGCACCAGGAGGCGGAGAAUGCGGGACAGCAGGGACUGAGGACCAUUGCAGAAGCGGCUGCUUGUGUCACUGAAGGAGAAAUGCAGGAAAACAGGGUGACUUCAGGUGUUGGCGGAGAAAGUGAUCGAGGUGGCAAAACGCUGAAAGGGGAAACUGAGGAAAAGCAGGCGUGGAGGACAAACGUCGUCGCUCCCGAAGGCGACAAUGUGCAUGAAGUUCAGAUCAAAGAAGAACAUUGCGUUGGAAAUGACAGGACUGAAUUCCCCCUAUGUGCAAAAAACUUAGCUAGUUGGUCGUGCCUUAGAACAGACAGAAGAAUGCACGCUGGGGAGAGACCAUUUAAAUGUGCCAACUGUGGGGAGAGCUUCAGUAGCCGGAAAAGCUACGUUAUCCACCAAAGAAUCCACACAGGGGAGAAACCUUAUAAAUGCUCAGACUGUGGAAAGAGCUUCAGGCAAAGGAUACAGCUUACCAUUCAUCAGAGAAUACACACAAGCGAGAAUCCCUUUAAGUGCUCAGAGUGUGGAAGGACCUUCCGAUGCAGCUCAAACCUCACUUCCCAUCGGCGAAUCCACACGGCGGAGAAACUCUUCCGAUGCUCGGCGUGCGGAAAGAGCUUCAACCAGAGCAAAAGUCUGACUUUGCAUCAGAAAAUCCACACGGGGGUGAAACGCUUCAAAUGCUCAGAGUGCGGGAAGAUCUUUAGCAGGAGCAAAAGUCUUAACUUGCAUCUAAGGAUCCAUAUGGGAGAGAGGCCAUAUACGUGUUCGGAGUGUGGGAAAAGCUUCAGUAGGAGGAUAAGCCUUACUCUGCAUCAGAGAAGCCACACAGGUGAGAAGCCGUACAUGUGCAUCCUGUGUGGAAAGAGGUUCAGCAGGAGCUCGAACCUUGGGUCUCAUAAGAAAAUCCACACAGAGGGGAAACCAUAUAAAUGUCUGCAGUGUGGAAAGAGCUACCGACACAGCAUCACCCUUGGUAUUCAUCAGAGAAGCCACACAGGAGAGGAACCCUAUGUGUGCCCAGUAUGUGGGAAGAGAUUCGGUCAUAAGCAUCAUCUUACUUCACAUCAGAAAAUACACACAGGCGAGAAGCCGUUUGCCUGUUCCGUGUGCGGAAGAAACUUCAGCCACAACAUCAGUCUUAAGAGACAUCAGAGAAUCCACACAGGGGAGAAGCCGUAUAAGUGCUCAGAGUGCGGGAAGGACUUCAGUCGGAGCACCAAUCUUAGGUCCCACCAAAGAAUCCACACGGGGGAGAAACCGUACACGUGCUCCGAGUGCGGAAAGAGCUUCAGUCGGAACACCAGCCUCACUAACCAUCAAAGAAUCCACACAGGGGAGAAACCCUAUAAAUGCCCGGAGUGCGGAAAGAGCUUCAGUCGAAAAACUGGUCUUACUUCUCACCAGGAAACCCACAAAAGGAGGAACCGUAUUGGUGCUCGGAGCGUGGAAAGAACUUUGGCAGUCACACACGCUUUAACUAAUGCGAAAGAAACCGUGGAAGGGAAAAUAGAGAAUCUGGAGAGUGCAAUCCCCUCGGGGUCCCCGGGGCUGCUGUGGAAGGAGGGGACUUAUUUCCAUUUUGGGGAAGAAGCCUUCAUCCUUAAGCAGGUGGAUUUCCAGUUUUUCCUGCAAAGUACCUUCUCUGCUUGGCGGUGUGUGCCAUUGACCUGUUUCCCAUGCUGGAUUUGCCUCCACCCUAAAUCCCAGGCUGUCGAAAGAUUCGGCAGCAAGGGAAGGAGCCGCUCCCGACCUCUCGGGAGCCACGGAUCGAAGAUGGGGGAGCGGGAGCUGGCUGGGUCCAUAGCAAGACAGGACCUUUGCGUCACCCAGACUAGGAGCAGCAGAGGAUUCUGGGAAAGAACCGCGCAGGAGAUCCAGGGCGAGGAGGUCAUCCUCAGCUCAGACACUCAACACCAGCAAUUCAGGCACUUUCACUACCAGGAGGCCGGGGGACCCAGAGAGGUUUGCAGCCAACUCUACUAUCUUUGCCGUCAAUGGCUGAAGCCAGAGCAACACACCAAGGCUCAGAUGCUGGAUUUGGUGAUCCUGGAGCAGUUCCUGGCUGUCCUCCCCCUGGAGAUGGAGAACUGGGUCAGGGAAUGCGGAGCGGAGACCAGUUCCCAGGCGGUGGCCCUGGCCGAAGGUUUCCUCCUGAGUCGGGCAGAGGACAAGAAGCAGGAAGAGCAGCAGCUGGGUCCCUUACAUCGCUUCCAGCCCCGGACGCUGCCAGCAGAAUCGGUCCCCACUUCUUCUGAAGCCGAGAUGCCUCCGUCGGAUUCCAGGCGGAGUCGGCCCUCCUGGGGGGUCGCGCAGGAGGGCGAAGGAAACUCCAGCUCCCCGGGUGAAGGAAUGCUAGUGGCCAUGCAGACCGAGCCUUCUCCUCUUGCUGGUGGAGGAGGACCUGUGGCACCUGACCAGGUUCCGGUGACGUUUGAGGAGGUGGCUGUGUAUUUCACGGAGGAGGAGUGGGCUCUGCUGGAUCCGGACCAAAGAGCCCUGCAAUGGGAAGUCAUGGUGGAGAAUUAUGGGAUUCUGGCUUCUCUGGCAGGAGUUAGGCAGAAGAUCGGGAAUGAAGAAACACCGUGCGCCGUCUCCUUGGAAAAAGCCAAAUGUUUGGAGGGGGAACAGCAGAAAAGGGAAACUGAGGCAGAAGAGAAGAGGGGAAAUCCCUUCCUCACUUCCGACUUCCACAAAAUCGCAAUCCAUGAAAAGACGGACGCCGAAAAGAUGUGCCAUGUGUGUGUUGUGUGUGGGAAAAGCUUUAGCCGCAAAUCACACCUUAACGAACAUCAGAGAAUCCACACCGGGGAGAAACCCUACAAAUGCGCCGAGUGUGGCAAGAGCUUCCGCCGGAGCACGGACCUCUCCUCUCAUCAGAGAACCCACAUGGAAGAGCAGCCGUUCAAAUGCUCCGAGUGUGGGAAGAGUUUCCGGGGGAGCUCGGACCUCCGGUCUCACAAGCGGAUCCACACCGGGGAGAAACCGUACGCCUGCUCUUUGUGCGGGAAGAGCUUCAGCCACAGCAUCAGCCUCAACUCUCAUCAGAGAACCCACACGGGAGAGCAGCCGUUCAAGUGCUCCGUUUGCGGGAAAAGCUUCACGCGCAACACGGGCCUGACUCUGCACCACAGAAUCCACACAGGGGAGAAGCCUUAUACGUGCUCGUUGUGCGGCAAGAGCUUCAGCCACAGCAAGAGUCACGCCAUCCACCUCAAGGUGCACGCAGGGGAGAAACCCUACACGUGCUUGGAGUGUGGGAAAAGCUUCAUCGGGAGCUCGUACCUUAAGUCACAUCAGAGAAUCCACACAGGGGAGAAACCCUACACGUGCCCCGUAUGUGGGAAAAGCUUCAGGUGGAGUACAAACUUUAAUGAACAUAAAAAAAUCCACGCGGGGGAGAAUGUGGUGAAUUCUAGGAAUCCCUGGAUUGGAGAAAGUCCUCUUGGAAGGGCACAGAUCUUUGUAAUGGAGGAUUCAGAGGAAGAUGGCAGCCGGUCGAUGAGGCUUUUCGAGCCCUGCUGGGCGUCCGAUUGGAAGCGCGGCCAGAAGAUGGAAGGGAGAGGCAUGGCUGCCCCCAAAACAGGAAGAGCCCCACAAAAUGUCAAGACUGUGAGCAGCAGGGGGUCCUGGGAAAGGGUGGUGCAGAAGGAGCUGGCUGGGGGCACCCACAGUCCACAUGCCAAGUGCCAACGCUUCAGGGGGGUUGGCUACCGGGGUGACCAGGGACCCCGAGAGGUUUGCAGCCAACUCCACCACCUUUGCCAUGAGUGGCUGAAGCCAGAGCAACACACCAAGGCUCAGAUGCUGGAUUUAGUGAUCCUGGAGCAGCUCCUGGCUGUCCUGCCCCCAGAGAUGGAGAGCUGGGUGAGGGAAUGUGGAGCGGAGACCAGUUCCCAGGCAGUGGCCCUGGCCGAAGGUUUCCUCCUGAGUCAGGCAGAGGAGAAGACGCAGGAGGAGGAGCAGGGUUUCUCGCUGCUGUUUUACGCAAAGGGCCUGUUAGGAGAAGUCGCUGCUGAGUUCCCCGAGGCAGAGGAGACAUCGCCAGAGGAUGCCACACGGAGGCUGUUGUUCAGGUGGAUCGUGCAGGAGGGCGACGGAGGGGCCGGCAUGCCAGGUGGUGGAAAGUCGCCAGGAACGGCUACGGAAUCGUCUCCUCUCCGUGGUGGAUCAGAAGCAGCCUCUUUGCAGCUGGAUCCGGUUCUGGUGACGUUUGAGGAGGUGGCUGUGUAUUUCACGGAGGAGGAGUGGGCUCUGCUGGAUCCGGGCCAAAGAGCCCUGCAAUGGGAAGUCAUGGUGGAGAAUUAUGGGAAUCUAGCCUCUCUGGAUGACGCCUGGGUGAACUGGAAUGAGGAAAAGCUUCAUAGAGCAUCCUUUAAAAGAACCCAAUGUACAGAGGAGGAGGUACAUAGAAGGACAACAGAGAGCAAAGCAAAGGAGAUAAAGUGGAACAAAUCUUUUGCUUUUGAAGGGAUGUUUCCCCCUCAAAUAACAAUUCAAGGGGAAAUGAGCCGUGCGAAAACGUCAUUUCCGGAGGCCGGCUUUGACGAGGCAGAAACCCAAGAAGAAAGGAGUGAAGGAAAGAAAAAGACUGAGUGUGAUGUGUGUGGGAAAAGCAUUAGUAAAUCGCACCUUAACGAACACAAACGAACCCACACAGGGGAGAAACCGUUUCAAUGCUUGGAGUGCGGGAAGAGCUUCAGUCGGCGGGAACACCUUACUUCUCAUCAGAGAACCCACACAGAGGAGAAGCCCUACAAGUGCUUGCAGUGUGGGAAAAAUUUCAAACACAGGAAAAAUAUGACAUCCCAUCAAAUUAUACACAGUAGGGGGCUAACCUGCAACUCCUCGGAGUGUGGAAAUUGCCUCAGUCCCAGCCUUACCUUGCAGCACCAUGCUCUGGAGAAACCAUUUGGAUGCUCAGAGUGUGGCAAGAGCUUCAGUCGGAGCACAGACCUGAGGUCACAUCAGAGAAUCCACACAGGGGAGAAACCGUACUCGUGUUCACUGUGUGGAAAGAGCUUUACCCACAGCCGAAGCCUGAGCUCCCAUAAAGUCACGCACACAGAGGGAAGACCGUUUGAGUGCUCAGAGUGUGGCAAGAGCUUCAGCCGGAACACCAGCCUUACUAUUCACCAGAGAAUCCACACAGGGGAGAAACCGUAUACAUGUUCCCUGUGCGGGAAGAGUUUCAGUCACCGAAGAAGUCAUGCAAUCCACCUAAAAGUCCAUGCAGGGGAGAAACCUUUCACAUGCUCAGACUGCGGGAAAAGCUUCAUAGGGAUAUCGUACCUCAAGACACAUCAGAGAAUCCACACUGGGGAGAAGCCGUAUACGUGCCCCGUGUGUGGGAAGAGCUUCCGGUGGAGCACACACUUCAAAGAACACAAAAAAAUCCACGUGGAGGAGACUCUGGCGAAUCCUAGAAAUGCCUGGAUUGUGGAGAAAACUCCCAGGAGAACACAGAUGGUCGUGUCAGGGGAUUCACUCCCAGGAGAAAGGAGAUAUACAUAGACUAGUGCUUUUCUGCCCAACUAUACUGUCUGACAGAGAAUUCACAACAGGAGAAAGAGUGGGUGGGGUGAAGUGAAGGAGACGAUUUGCUAGCUCCGCCGGAGCUCUUUUUAUUAGCACAAAAUGUAGAACUAGACAAAUACAUUUUGGACUGUGCCCUUUCACAUCCUCCAAUCACGAGGCUGUGGGGUGGUACAAAGUUAUUUUGGUACCUGUUUUCACAGCAUCACUUUCCCCUUGAACAAAGUUUUUAAUCUAAAGCAGACAAAGGUCACAGACAGGGCACGGCAAACCAAAUAGGAAGCGAAGGGUGAGACCAACGGCAUGGCGUUCAGACAGUUGCGGGCCUGUACCUGGGCGGUGGUUUGCCUCGCACCCAGAGGUCAAGCCUUGGCUUAUCUGCGGGCGGUGGCGUGCCUCGCACCCGUGGCCGAUUCCUACAGUGGGGUGGGUGGGUGAGCAAAUAUAUGCUCAAACUGUGGCAGAAAACUCCAUCAGUGUGCAAGCUAUAGAGAGAACGUGAGCAAUAAAUAUAAGAUACAGUGGCACCUCGGUUGUCGAACGCUUCAGGAAUUUGGCUGGGGAGCCACAUGACAUGCUCAGAAGUGUAAUUAUUGCUUAGAGGUUUAUUACGAUGCCAAUACUUCGUGUUCUAUUAGCUAAUCUUUUGGGGUCCUAUCUAUACACCCCAAAGGGACAAGCUUUGCUUGUUAACCUGAGAAGCUCUCCGCAGUGGGACUCUAUACCUCCUCUCUGUCACGCUGAUCUGUGCUGGAUGUUUAUGACGUACAGUGGUACCUCGACUUACGAACGACUCGAGUUACGAAGGUUUCGACUUAUGAAUGAAAGCCGCGGCCGGUUUUUAGAUGUGGUUUUUUUUACUUACGAAUUUUUAGAUGCGGUUUACUCGACUUACAAUUUUUUUGGAUAUUUGCCCCCCAAUGCAUUCCUAUGGGGAAAGCCGCUUUUUCGACUUACGAAUUUUUCGACUUACGAAUGUGCCUUCGGAACGGAUUAAAUUUGUAAGUCGAGGUACCACUGUACUUUCAUUCCUUUUUCCCUUCCCCUUUAGCUUGGCAAGCAGGUACCAUUAGAAUAAUAAAAAAGGAAUCUUGGUUUGUCUGUCCGCUCUGAUUCUUUUGUGUCCUUUAUUUAGGUGGGUAAUAUUAAGUGUUGUGUUGUGCCUCUAUCUCUUUCCUGUUGUUUGCAGUGUUCUGUUUUAGUUUAGUUGUUUGUACCAAUAAAGCGAUUUUAAAUAGAUUUCAUGUCGUCAUUGUCAUCGCUAGUGACCCAAAUGAAUGACAUUAUUCUUAUUCUUAUAUCCUGCUUUUUUUCUUAGACUGGAACUCAAGGCAGCCUACACACAUUGAAAAAACACAGAUAAAAUACAGAAUGUUCAAAGCAUAUACAAUAGUUUAAAAGGAAUUAAACUGCAAUAGAAUUGAAACUAUAUAAAAAUUCCAUGCAUGUCCAUGGGGG